AUGUCAUUCUUGAACAGUAUCAGAGGUUUAGGAAGAGGGACAAAAAAAACCAAGAAAGAUGAAAUGGCCAGUCCAUUUUAUCAACAAUCCAAUCAUUCAGGAAAUUCUUUAAGAAGACAACAAUCACCUACAAAGAUGUCACCAACAAAGCAACGUAUAAAUCAUAGACAAUCAUCGCCUGUAAGGAACAGAAAUAGGAACGGGGGAUCAGUACCAAUAAAUAAAAAUCUACUGCCAUCGAAAAAUACCGUGAUGUCAACUACAGAAGAAUCAACUAAUGAUGAUUUACCGUUAUUUAUGUGUGAACCAUUUGUCAAAACAUCGUUAGUUAAAGGGUCAUUCAAAACCAUUGUACAAUUACCCAAAUAUGUUGAUUACGGUGAAUGGAUAGCUCUUAAUGUAUUUGAAAUAUUCAAUAAUUUAAAUCAAUUUUAUGGAGUUUUCGUCGAUUAUAUAACACCAGAAAAUUAUCCUUCAAUGAAUGCUGGUCCUAAUACAAAUUAUUUAUGGGUGGAUUCUAAUGGUCAAACAGUUAAUUUACCUGCAUGUCAAUAUAUCGAAUACGUUUUAACUUGGAUAUCUAAUAAAUUAAAUGAUCAAUCAGUUUUCCCAACUAAAAGUGGUGGAGCUUUCCCACCUAAUUUUAUGAAAGAUUGUAAGAAUAUUUCCCGUCAAAUGUUUAGAAUCUUUGCUCAUAUGUAUCAUAAUCAUUUCGAUAAAAUUGUUCAUUUAUCAUUAGAAGCUCAUUGGAAUUCAUUCUUUUCUCAUUUCAUAAGUUUUAUUAAGGAAUUCAGUUUGGUUGAUAGAAAUGAAUUAACUCCUUUAUUACCAUUGAUAGAGAAUUUUGAACAACAGGGGAAAAUUAUUUAA